GCAAGGAGGUACGAAGAAAAUCCAAGCGCGAUAAGAUGGCGUCACGCACGUCAGAGAGCUAGGGAAAGAAGUGAGGAGUAGAGGAAAGACAGGAAGGAGGCAGGCACAGGCGAACGUCGCCAGGGGACUGCGGUGUGUGACAGAGAGUGCGAAUACGGUGCUGUCAUGUCUUCUUCGAGCCUUAAGAACGGCUACGAUUCGAUCACGGUGGUGAAACGUUGUGCGUGAUCCCCCAUCGUUCCAGUAACAUCAUCGAUGCCUUUGUUCGGCAAUAAGAACUGUUCUCGUUCGAACGCGUUCGCUUCGAGGAUACGAGGACGGCGGUGGUAGUCGGCUGAGACGUGUUCGAUAAAGAAACAAACGUGCGCGACCGAUUAAUCGGCUGGGAAACUCGAGAGAUAGAAUCUUCCUCUCGGUCCUGGACACGUCGAGGAGGAGGAGGAGGCGGAGGAAGAGACGGAGGCGAACUGCCAAAGAGAUGCGCGAGUUCAAGGUAGUCGUCCUCGGCUCGGGCGGGGUAGGCAAGAGUGCACUCACCGUGCAAUUCGUUUCGGGAUGUUUCAUGGAGAAGUACGAUCCGACGAUCGAGGACUUCUAUCGGAAGGAGAUCGAGGUGGACAACUCGCCGUGCGUACUCGAGAUCCUCGACACCGCUGGCACCGAACAGUUCGCGAGUAUGCGCGAUCUUUACAUAAAGAACGGGCAAGGCUUCGUUGUCGUUUACAGCCUGACGAAUCAUCAGACCUUCCAGGACAUCAAGGCGAUGAAGGAAUUGAUAACGCGCGUAAAAGGCACGGAAAGGGUGCCCGUGUUGCUGGUAGCGAACAAGCUCGACCUGGACCAUCAACGCGAGGUGGAGACCGCGGAGGGUAACAAUUUGGCACAGCUCUGGGGAUGCCCCUUCGUCGAGGCGUCCGCGAAGAACCGCACAAACGUCAACGACGUGUUCGCGGAGAUCGUACGCGAAAUGAACUUCAGCCCCGAGAAAGAGAAGAAGAGCUACUGCUGUUGCAGCGUCCUCUAAUAAUUAAUCAAAAUCCUGAACCAGGCUCGUCUAGAGCCAUGUUAGGUAAAGGAAACCGCUCAACCUCGAGCUCGUGCUGUGAAUUCACCAAUCUGUAAGACUAAUGUUACCCUUUGGAUCGAACCAAUUUGGAUCGAGGAUCUUUGUGAAUUCGACUAUGUCAAAGACUCAACGCCGUCUCUUGGUUCUUUUUCUAUCGGAAAAUCGCAGUCUGCUAUUAGGCCGGCUGUUAAAUAUUUUAAUAUACAUGGAUAGUAUUAUAUGUAAUAUUAUUGUAAUAUAUAAUGAUAGAUGUAAGCGGGCAACGAAAGAGGUAACUCCGUCAGCAAAGGACCAAUAAUCGACAGAGAAAGAGCGAGAUACGAAAGUGAAAAUGGAUUGGUAAACGACACCGAUAUCAUUCCGGGCUACAAUGGAACUGCCCGGCGAUAGUUGUUACUUGUUAACGGCGAAACCAAACUCGAUACGUUUAGCUUUCUGCUCAAUCUAAACGAAGCGCCCAUCGCAUAUUUGUUCCAAUUUAGCGAAACCUGUAUUGCUCAUAGGUUAAACGCUAAUCAAUGGAACAUCCAAACUAUUUGCAGAUAUUGAAGGAAUCACUGUGGUGGCUAGCCAUUCGAUGUAAAGGAAAGAAUCGAAACGACUGAGUAAAUUUUAUUUACGAUGUACAGUCAGAAACUUGAAAGAGGACGUAAGGUCUUAUAUACGCAUUGUGCAAUGAUAUCCAUUAAUGAUAUACUACCCAUGCUCAAACGUCAGAGGCUGCGGUAAAGAAUUCUUCGUAUAAGGGGUUCGAAUGCUGUGUCGAGUGUACAGUUUUAAUAGUAAAAAUACAUUUUAUUAAGGAAAAUAUAGAGUCGCGAAAAUGAUCCACUAAUGGCUAGAAUUUUAUAUUCGGAACCAUGACAUUUAAACGAUCGAGUUCCAUCUGAUUUCGGUACCAUUUAGUUGCAUACCAGGUAUUAUUUAUGUUCUUAUUCGAUUAUAGAUUCAAUUACUUGGAAUUGGAAUUUGAAUAAUGGCACCUGGUGCUUCGAACAGCCAAGAUGUAAUUAAGAGAGAAUUGUCCCAGACAAAUAGAGAAGGAAGAACGUCGAUGGAAAGGAGAUUGCGGUAAUGUUACAGUGGAACAUUAGUACAUAACGUCAAUCGUAAACAUAAUUAUAGGAUUUAUAUGAUAAAGUCUGUACGAUAAAAAAAAAACAAUUUCGAUAAGUUUUAUAGCCAAUUUUAAACCAGCAAGAUGAUGAUUAGGCUUUGUAACUUGUUUUUUUCUCGCAAAGGCUUGCUGGUACUACACUGAUCCCUUCAAUUGCAAAAAAAUACAUAUGUGGUACUUGUAAUAAUAUCCGAUGUAUCCAUUGCUUUAUACGUACAGAGGAAUGUCCUUUCGUAAAAAAAAACUAUUCACCAUUAAGUUUAGCGAAUGUAAACCGAUGGAUGUUUAAAAAAAAAAAAGAAGCAAUGGACUCCCUUAUAAGUAGCAGUAGGUCGUGUGUAAUUUUUCUCGUGUGAUCAAAAUCAUAUUAUCCGAUGUUAAAUACCGCUUUGAUAUCAUAAACAAUCAUUACAUUAGCUUGAUAUAUUAUUUAACGCCACCAUCGAAGUCAUUAAUUUUUCCGUGUAAUCGCUGCACGACGUACCUUAAGCAAAAUAAGGGUUGUUCGCUCGUCUAUCGUUUUCUUUUUUUUAUGAGUUUAACCGAAGGAUAUUAAUCCCGAUUUUUUUUUUCUUGAAAAAAAAAAAAGAAUGUAUUUAUAGUUUGUAUAAUAUCUACUUGUUCGUCUAGAUUUACGCGUCUUUCGGAUCGAUUACGAUGUUGAAUUAUACACGAGCGAUGCCGCUUCCCUUAUCAAAGCGUAUCGGAGGACCUUAAAGUCGAACUGAAAAGUUUAAAAUGAACUGAUGUACAGUAUUUCUAUCAUUGGUAGUUAGAAGUGUCCGACGAUAUUGUUCUUGGGAAGAGCUAUCGAUCGUACGUUAAUUCGUUUCCAAUUGUCGGUGCACUUUUAAUAACGUCAUUUCGUAGCGAGUACGCGUGGCUGGGUGUUUUUUCUAAUUUCGUAAAAUCGCUUUACGAUACUUGUUGCAUGGAAACGUGUCUUGAGACGUAAUGAAAUUGAAUAUUCUAUACCAAUUAAAAUUUCCAAUAGUAGAUUAAUGUUGAUUCUAGAGUUCAACACUUGUCCAUCUUUCUUUAUUCGCGCUUUCUUUAUUUCGUAAUUACUAGACAGUUUCGAUAAAUAGUCACUCUGUUUUUAAUUGGUUCGAGUUAUCAUUGGUCGUGCGUGGUGGUGAAAGAAAAUUAGCGAAAACAGAAAAAGUACGAGAUAGCCUCGCGUGUUCGAUUGAUGAAGGGUGCUAAUACGUUUCGUCAGUUUAAGAUUGACGUAGCGUAUACCGACGUAGCGAAAAUCGGCCAUCCGUUUCGUUACUGUACUCAAACUAAAAACAGGCAAGGAAGAAAGGGAUGGUGAGGGGAGGGAAAGGGGGCAACAGAAUUAUUCGUAUCCACUAUUUUAUCACCACCCCGGAAAAUUCGUAGUCUCGCUGUGAUCCCGUAGAUGUAACCGCAGUUUUUCUAUUAAAAGACGACGAUAAUAACCGCGUAUAAAAGCCUUUCAACGGCGAAUCAAAGGGCCUCUUUGUGAAACGUGUAAUCGCUCUCGCUCUAUUAUCGUUACGUUUUUCUGCCCUCCUGGGUUUUUUGUGCUUCGCGAAAACCAUGGAUUGGCAAAGGGCAAAAAAAAAGAAAAGGGAAAGAAAAGAAAAGAAAACAGAAAGGUCGCUUAUUAUCUGUCCCGUGGAUAGCUCUCCGAGUAGUAUUCCCUCUGGUGCACGGGAUAAGGAAGAAAAAAGAAGUUUCUAUAUUUGUAUCGCUUCUAAACGUAACGCACACAAAUAUGCAUACGUAUACACGAGUACACGCGUGAUUAUCCGACACGAGGAUCGCGUUUAAGAAUAUUUUUCUAAAGCACGCGCUGAAACUUUCGUACGAGACAAAAGGCAAAAUUUGUCUAUUACGUGGAAAGCUAUCUACGGGAUCAGAGAAUCGAGUUAUAUUGUCUCCGAGUCAGCAUAUCAGCGUGAAGGACCAGGUUCGUUUCGAUUUAGUUCCUCGUUUCGGCCAGCAAAUCCUUCCGAUGUUUCGAAAAAAAAUGAUACGUAGCAAAAGAAAGCACAAAAAUUCACCAUCUACAAACGAUUCCCAUACGAUUUUAUAAUUAGAUAUAAAUAAAUGAAUAAAUGAAUGAAUAAAUAUAAAUAUAAAUAUAAAUAUAAAUAAAUAUAUAUAUAUAUAUAUAUAUAUAUAUAUAUAUUAUACAAUAUAUAUGUAUACAUGCAGAUUUGUUACGCAACUGGGUCACAUUAAUUCGAAAAACACCACGAUUUAGAUGUAUAUCGGCCUUUCAGUACUACCUGCGUAUGAUAUUGAGUACGAAAUACGUUAUAUUUUUUACAAUGUGAAGAAACUGUAAAUAUUAUAGCGUCGAAUUAUAUAUAAUAAUAAUAAUAAUAAAAAGGAAUAUUGAUAAACGAU